AUGGGUCAAAACCAGCAGAUACAAACGCAGGAACCAGAGCUGGAGCUAACCAGCAUCCAGGACCUCUACAAUACAUAUAUCACGGAGUGUCCGAGUGGAUCGCUGUACCUACACGAGUUCAAGAGGAUGUUUGGAGUGAAGAAUGGGACGCCUGAAUCCCAGUACAUGGACAACAUCUUCCGAGCAUUCGACAUGAAUCAUGACAACACGAUGGAUUUCAUAGAGUACGUGGCCGCUCUUCAUCUUGUUCUGCGCGGACGACUUGAAGACAAGCUGCGCUGGUCGUUCAAGGCGUUCGACAGCGAUGACAACGGUCGUCUGGACAGAGAAGAAAUAAACAAGAUUGUAAAGAUAAUCUACAAAAUAAAGGAAGGAUCCGUGUCUGACGAAACGGGAAAAGAAAAAAUCACUGCGGAGGAGGCGUGUGAUCGCAUCUUCCAAGAGGUCGAUGUGGACCACGACGGUCAGAUUACACUGGAGGAGUUUGUGGAGGGUUCUCAGAGAAGUCCCUGGCUGCAGAGCUUCCUACGGCUCGACGUCAAUCCUUGUGGAUGGGUCCAGAAGUACUUGUCCGACAGGAAACUCUUGAGUGCCAUGGAUUCCUGA